CAUUACGAAAUUGAUCAGGGCUCGAAUACUUUCGUGGGCAGCUUUCUCCGGGAAGAAAUGGCCUGGUUGGUGCUCAAACGACGGGUCAUGGAGUUGAAAUCAGAAGUCAAGAUCAGAUUGGGCCUGCGCACCUCAAUGCUCAAAGCCGUGGAACUGGCACGGUACAACGUACGCGCUAUACUACUCGUCCGAUUUCGUCCCGUAUAAUCCCCUCUCUGGAAAUCGUCGCGCUACAUCACACUCAUGCCGGUCGUCGAUGUACCUGGUGCCUCCCUAUUCUACGAUAGUCGAGGCAGCGGUUCCCUGUUUCUCUUGAUCCCGGGCGGUCAUGGCACUGGAGAUGUUUACCACUCGACCGCUGCGAUUUUGUCCUCGAAGUAUAUGGUUGUGACCUACGACCGCCGUGGCUUCUCGCGUUCAAUACUCAAUGGGGAGCAAGACUACUCUAUUCGCCUAAGGACCGAUGUCGACGACGCCUAUACACUAAUCAAGCACCUCUCAUCCGACGGAACGGCUGUGGUCUUCGGGUCCAGUUCGGGUGCUAUAGUCUUGCUGUAUCUGCUGCUUAAGUAUCCCGAGGCCAUCCGCACCCUGAUUUCGCACGAGCCACCAGCUUUCGACUUGUUGCCGGAUAAGGCGGACUGGAUCAAGUUUCAACAGUCGCUCUAUGACACGUACAAGACGGAGGGGCUACACCCCGCAUUCGAUCGAUUCAUGGAUCGCAUUUCCGGUGGAAUGGAAUUGAAGUUUUACAAGCAACGUGAAGCCAUGCUUACCGAGGAGGAGAAGAAAGACACGAGCAGUCAGGAAGCGAAGAAUCAGAUUUACUGCACAGCGAAGCUCCUCUUGGCAGUUGGAACUGAUUCAAAAGACUCGUUCGUUUAUCGGCCUACCAAGAACCUUGCAGACAAUCUUGAGUUGUCUGUCCUUGACCUGCCGGACGGACACGUUCCUUACACCUAUGCCGCCGAGCCCUGGACACAAGCGCUCAUCGAGGCACUUGAGAAGAAUGAUGUCUAA